AUGCUGCUUAAGGAAGACCAUGUCGAUGUCACAACAAACGUGGAUGGAAAGGAGACGUCUAUGAGUGAGAAGAAGGCCCUAUACGGCCAGACACAGGUCCCAGCUCAAGGCACUAACGUUGGGCAGGAAUUUUUACUUUCCAUCCCACCAUCUCGCAAUAUCCCAAUGCUAACUGGUCCGGUGGCGCGAUUUGCGCGUCAAAUCGCAGGACAUGGCUACAUUGUCGCUGCUCCUUCGUCGUAUCAUGACUUCAUUGGGCCAGAGGCCUUGGCCUAUGAUGUUCCAGGCACUGACAAAGGGAACGAGUUGAAAAUAACCAAAACUCUCCAAUCGUAUGACGCAGAUUCCCGCAAGACUGUCGACUACCUCCUCAGUCUUCCUACAUGCAAUGGACGGAUAGGUACCACUGGAAUGUGUCUAGGUGGUCAUCUUGCUCUAAGAGCUACCCUGGAUCCGCGGAUAAGCGCAGGCGUUUCCUACUUCGCGACGGAUGUCCACAGCCGCACGCUAGGUCCUUAUACCGCGGCUGAUAAGUCAUUCGACGGUCCGGCGAAUAGUACCCACACGAUCGACAAGCUCGGAGAAAUCAAGGGCGAGGUGGCCAUGAUCUUCGGUAUCAAGGACACCCACGUCCCGGAUGACGGCCGAGAUCUGAUUCGGCAGAAGAUGAGGAGCUCCGGGACAGUAUUUAGCUUCUACGAGUUCGCGUGGGCGCAGCAUGCCUUCAUCCGUGACGAGCUGAGCAAAGGCCGAUACGAUCCGGCUAUCACCAAGAUCUGCUUCGAGGUACUGACGGAGCUGUUCAACCGAGUCCUAAAGACAGACUUAGGGCCGAGGGACGGGAAGCCUGAGGAGAUCGAGCAUUUCUGCUAGUGGUCUUUUGUCGGUAACCUGUAUCGAGCAUGCCGAGAAUAAAAAUAUCCAAGAUGUCAGAUGUCAGAUUAUUGCCCCGAGAUAGUGAUUAUGUGUUGUUCACGUCUAUGUAGGCCACGGAAUUCACGAGAAUCAUGCAUGGAUAUGUAGGUAGAUCGAGAUGUGUAACACAUCUGAUAAUUUGGUAUCUACUCGAAACUCAGGCGGGUCAGAAACGGUCGUUUAUAGGCGUUGGCGAACGGGUCUUAAUUUUGAUUUGCCCGCAACCCUCGAAUUUGAGACAUGCCGGUAAUUCAAACC